AAGAUGUCAACUAUUUGAUAUUAAGUCUAGAAAAACUAUGAUGUUAUGCUCCUAGUGCAGACUGCUGAAUAUCAAUCAAUCUGUUUACUGUUUUUAAGACCGGCUAAUUUUCUGUUUGACACGAUAACUGAGUCUAUAGUCAGACUCACCCUGUGGAUCGAUCAAUGUGUUUACUGUUUAUUUGACUGGCUAAUUAUAAGUCUUUACGGAAGGAUAAUAGAGUCUGUAGUCAGUAACAACCAGUGUUUUAUUAAUCAUGGAGUGGAAUACGGCGAUGAACACUGAUGAGGGCUUAGCUGUUGUAAAAGAAGGAUAUCUCUCCAAGAGAGGAGAGCACAUUAAAAACUGGAGAAAGAGAUAUUUUAUACUUCGGCAAGAUGGAUCUUUUCUAGGAUUUCGUGCUAAACCUGAAAAUGGGGAUCUUAGCGAUCCUCUUAACGAUUUCACAGUCAAAGAUUGUCAGUUAAUGAAGUUAGAGAGACCAAAACCCAACACAUUUAUUAUUCGAGGUUUACAAUGGACAACAGUUGUAGAAAGAAUGUUCUGUGUAGACAGUACAGAGGAAAGAGAGGAGUGGAUCCAGGCUAUUAAGUCAGUAUCAGAAACAUUAAAAGUCGAAGAAGAAGAAGCGUGUUCACCGUUAGAACGAGCCAAGAAAAAGUCACUGGAGGAUUUUGAAUUUUUAAAAGUGUUAGGUAAAGGGACAUUUGGUAAAGUUAUUUUAUGUAAAGAACGAUGUACCAACCAGUUAUAUGCUAUCAAAAUACUAAAAAAAGCUGUCAUUAUUGCUAAGGAUGAAGUAGCUCACACAUUAACAGAAAAUAGAGUAUUACAACAUACAAAACAUCCAUUUUUAACACAAUUGAAGUAUUCAUUCCAGACAGCCGAUCGACUAUGUUUUGUGAUGGAGUAUGUCAAUGGGGGAGAGUUAUUUUUUCAUUUAUCAAGGGAACGUGUUUUUUCUGAGGAUCGAACACGAUUUUAUGGUGCUGAAAUCAUAUCAGCUUUAGGUUAUUUACAUCAAAAUGAUAUUGUUUACAGAGAUUUAAAGUUAGAGAAUUUACUACUGGAUAAAGAUGGACAUAUUAAAAUUGCUGAUUUUGGUUUAUGUAAAGAAGAAAUGUUUUUUGGGGCCAGUACAAACACGUUUUGUGGAACACCCGAAUAUCUAGCUCCAGAGGUACUGGAAGAUAAUGACUAUGGUCGGGCUGUUGAUUGGUGGGGUACAGGUGUUGUUAUGUAUGAGAUGAUGUGUGGACGUCUGCCGUUCUAUAAUCGUGAUCAUGAUGUUCUCUUUGAACUUAUUUUACUACAAAAUGUCAAAUUCCCAAGAAAUUUAUCUGAAGAAGCCAAAGCAUUAUUAAGUGGUUUAUUGAUAAAAUCACCAAAAGACAGAUUGGGAGGAAGUGAAAAAGAUGUACAAGAUAUUAUAAGUCAUCCAUUCUUUGUCUCUAUUAAUUGGCAAGAUUUGUAUGACAAAAAGAUUGAACCUCCCUUUAAACCUCAAGUAACUUCAGAAACAGAUACACGAUAUUUUGACGACACGUUUACUGGCGAAUCUGUCACACUCUCUCCUGUUCAUCAUAACAGUCAUUUACCAGCAGUUGCCGAGGAGAUGGAGGAACAGAUGCCGUAUUUUGAACAGUUUUCAUUUCAUGGAAGUCGUACAAGUCUUGGCAGUAGUAGAAUGAGUUUCGAAUAUUCCUGGCAAACAUAAUCCUUCUUCACCUUUAUCAACAUUAAAAUAUACACUUAUUUGUUGGAAGCUCUAUGAUUGCUGUAUUCUGGAAGAAAAUUGUAUUAUCACCAAAUACACGUUAAAUAUCACCCAAUAUAUCCCAAAUUGAUGAGAUGAUAAUAUCAUUAUAUAUAUAUCAUUAUAUAUAAAGAUGAUAUUAAUAUCAAUUAAAUUAGUCAGGAAGAGAGAAAGUGGGGUGGGGGACGUUAAUAUCAUCAACAACUUAUAUAUAUCCCAGUUAAAAACAUUUGCUCAGGAAAUAUGAAUAUUAUAUUAAAUCUCUUCUUCAAUGAAACAAUUUUCUUACAUCACCUUUGGAUUUCCUAUUGGGCUUUUUCUAUUUGUUUACCAUAAUCUGCUUUUCAUACAGUGUUAAUUGAUUUAGUGUCAAUCAUGAGCUAAUUAAUAUUUGAUAUCUCGGGGGUUUUAUUAUUCAACAACCAAUGAAUCAUCAGAAAUUGAUUAUCACCUUACAGUUUCAUGUCAUCUCUGUAAUACACUAUUAUCAUUGAUUAAUAAUUGGAUGAUAUUAUUGAUAUGUUAAUCUUUUGAUAAACAUAUAUAUCAUAAAUAUUUUUUUUAAUGCUAUAAUAAAUGUAUGAGGUAUAUAUAUAUUAUCUUUAAGCAUGUUCUGCCAGAUGGUAUAUAAUUAGUUUAUAAUUUUACAAAAUGGCAAAAUAUAGUGAACAGGCUUGUGUGUACGCCAUGGUUGGAAUUUCAGCUGGAAGUGAAAACCAUGGUGUACACCUGACUUCAGGUAGAUAUAAAUUCCACAAUUACAAUUAAUACUGUAUUAAUCAGUUUUCACUUUAGAAUGUAGAAAAUACAAAAAUCUGAUUAGCUAUGUCAUGGUGGUCUGCCUGCGUCAUUUGCAUUUUUCAGAAAAUAUCAAAUUUUCCACGACUUAAUCCACUGUAUUGAUGAUUUAACAUUUAAUUAAGAAAACAAAAUCAAAAUAUAAACGGUAAAUAAUCUGCCAGGUUGGAUUCAAUCAGAUAAAAAAGAGGCCCAUCAAAAGAUUAUAGGUGGCACUGAUCAUAUCUGGCUUAUACCUUCUGAAGAGGAUGCAGAAUGUUUGAAGUAUUUUUUAUUCAUCAUGUCUUUAUACAUGUACUGAACAGAAAUUAAUCAUUUUUGGACUGAUAUUCCUUUUAUGGGUUCAACUUUUCACAUUAUUAUAGUUUGCAAGGGAUUAACAAUACCUCAAUGACAUUGAGAGACUUUAAUUGGAUGUUACAGGCAUAUGAUAUUGAAUGUAUAUUAAUUUGUGGACCAUUGACUAUCUCUAGUUUUAGUUUAUUAAUUAAUGUAGAAUGAGUUGAAAUCAAAAUAUUAUAAUAAUUACUGUCAAAAUUAUUGUUUUGGUGGUGUUUAUAGGGUCCACUUCAUAUCAUAGUAUCGGGAACAGUAAAUCAGUGGACUCUUUAAGUCAUAGAUACAUAAUAAUAUAAGUAACUAGGAGUUAUUGUAUUAAUGUUUUAUUAUAAAAAUGAAUAAUUUGAUUUAUUUAUAGUUUAGUUUCUAGGCAAUUCCAACAAAAUGUUUGAAGUAUCAAACUGUGUUAUCUGAAAACACCACAGGUUGUUGUAAAUGUAUAAAUUUGAGAAAUCUCGGUUAAAUGACAACGAAAGAAAAAGUUAACAUUUUUGUGGUUUAAAACAAAUGAUACAAUAACAAUAAUAAAGUGUUAAAUCUUUAAACAAUAUGUUCAUGGCAUAUUAUUAUAAAUUUUGUCCAGGUUUUCAUUUGUUAUGAUUUCAUUUUUUUUUUCAUAAGAUAUGUAGUUGAAUGUACAUAUUAUAGUAUUUUGUUUUAAUAGUAAUUAUUAAGUAUUACUUAUAUAUUUUUAUUCAUUAGGAAAAAAGAAUUAUUAGUCAUUUUUGAGAGUAAACUAUUUUAUCAUAUUCCUGAAGCAAUGGCAAUGAGCAUUAUCAGCCACACUGUGUCCAUUGGUAAAAUCUGUGCAGUGUUUUUAAUAGGUACUUCUAUUAAGCCUAUUACAGGUCAGUGCAACAUGAAUAGAUUAAUCUUUUGGGAAUUGUAUAGUUGAUGUCAAUCUGAUUGGCAAUUGUAGAAAAAUUGCAAGUAGGUGUCUUGAGGCAAAUAUAUCAAUUGAUAACAAAAUACCGGUACAUGAUGACUAUUGAUAUACUAAGGUGUAGGAUUAAGUAAUCAAUUAAGGGAGAUUAAUUAGUAAUAUUUGUACUCUCAGUACAGUCAAUAGUUUUGGAAUAUCUAGUUUUGAUUCACUUCAUCCUGAUGUCCAAUUCAGCAUAUUUGUAGCCAGACUGUUAGUUGCGAAUCCUGGUGGACAUGAUUGUCUAACAUAUACGGAUGAAACAAAAUUAGUCUUCUGGACCCAUUUUACCAUAGUAAGUCGAGCAAUGGUGAAUAAGCAUGUAAUACACGUAAUCAUAGUUUCAGGAAUAUGGCUAUUGAUUUGGGCGUUUGAUUUGCAUUUAAAUCCACAAUUAUACUUGUGACCUCGGGGAUGACUCUUUUGUUUAACUGUAUGACUUUAAAUAUAAACAUAAAAAUCUCUUGCAGACCCUCCAGACAGAGGGUACUGUACUUAAGUGUCCCCAAGCCGUGGGGGGGGAAUAUUUGUAAAUUCCUUAUUAUUUCCAAAGUAGUUCUCAUCGUGGUUUUAUUGUUAAAUAUGCUUUAAUUAUUAGCAAUAUAUCAUUUAUAUGUGUAAUUGUAAAUAAAAUAUUAUUAUUAUUAUUAUCAUAAUAUUAUAUCUGUAAUGUUGAUAAUAUAUUAUGAAUAAAUGGCGUAUAAUGAUAGUGCUAUGUACUCUUUGUCAAGGAGUGAUAAUUAAUGAUUGGUAUGUGGAGAUAUAUUAUUGUAUAAAGAUUCUCCUGUCUUCAAUAACAAUGUAUUAAUCAACAAACCAAUGUAAACAGUUAUAGAUUAUCUUUUUUGCACAAAAAUCUUUGCAUUGAUCUGGGUCCUUCUUCCAGAAAACGUAAACUUUUUUAAGAAUGCAGCCUUUUCAUCGGCCCAGAGCGAAAAAUUGUGUUAUGGUUAUAGUGCUCAGCCAAUGAACACUCAGUAUUCUAAAGUUUUCAUGAAUAUUGCCCCUUGAGCUAAAAAAUCUGACCACAUUGCUAUUAAUAUUUUUUAGGUCACCAAAGCUAUCAUGAGCAUUGAUUAAAACAUCUGCAAACAUUUUCUAUAAUCUGCAUUACUGCGUCUUCACUAAUCAGAGAAACUGUGUAUGUUGUAGUCAUCUUAAUACAGGUAUACAUUAUUCAUUGGAUUACUGAAGAUGCAUAAUAUAAGUGAGAUUUUGAUUUGUUGAGAGAAUGUCUAUGAAUAUGUUAAUUAUUUAAUUAUAAUUAUGUAUAUAAAAUUCUAUAUAUAGUAACAAUGUUGUCUCACUAAGUUUUUAUGUUGUAUGUUAUGUUAUUGGGGUAGUCAAGUAUAUAUGCUCUCAAUGUAUACAUUUCCAGCUCUUCUUGAGUUUAAUUUAUAAGCAGUGAGAGAAAGUUUAUGGUUUAAAUACAUACUAUAAUGAGCUGCUUUAUAUAUUUACAUUUCUAAAUCUCUACUUUAAGGCCAGAAUUAUCUUUUUGCUUGCUAGUCCAUCGUCAUUGAUUAACACUGUGGGGAUACUCUUGAUGCUUGAUAACAUCACAAAUUCCACUCACAUCACAUCAGUUAUAGACCUUAAAGAACUUUUACUCAAAAUUCGUCUUACACCUCAUCAGUUAUAUGGUCGGAGAGAACUUUAACUCACAACACAUCUGUUAAGGACCUGAAAGAAUUUUUACUCACAUUCCUCUCACACCACAUCAGUUACAGGGUCAGAAAGAACACAUCUGUUAUAGGGCCCAUAAAAUUUUUUACGAAAUUCUAUUCCAUGUCACUCGGUAGCAUUUCUUUUAAUUUGGAAUCGUCAGAACUAAAAAAACAAUUGAGCAUCCCUGAUGUUAAACAGUGAUGAUGGAUUUUCAAAAAUAAGUCUACUCUGCUUUAUUUAUGAAGUCGUCUGCUUAAGUUUCUAGCCUUGAACCUUAAUGUUUCUACAAAGCUGUGUAAUAGCCCAACAAUAUUCUCUACCCAAAUAGGACAAUGACAAACAACCACAGACUGAUUAUUUCUUGACUUCUGGCGUAACAUGUACGUGUACAUAGUAGUAAUAGUUGUAUUAAAAAAACUUGGUUUAGGCCGAGAAAAGAAAUACCUGUGUUGAUGGGGUGUGGGAAAUCAGAGGAAAGUUUAGGGUUUCUGGCCCCAAAAAAUAGGGUCGGUUGGAUAACCGUAAACACAUUUAUUUUUUAUUUUGGCCUUAUUGUAUGUUAAAAUGGUGCACUUAAAAAAAUCUAGAUCUGAUUAUUUAGAUUUAAAUAUGUAGCUCAUAUUAUAAAACAUUUCAUACACAAGUAUUCACAAUCAAAUUUUGUGUAAUCUUGAAAAUUCGUUUCUAAUUUGCAUCAGGGUCAGAUGACUACAUUGAUUAAUGGUCUUGCUUGCUGUAAUAACACCCUAAUAUACAAAUUUGACUGAAUCAAAAUGUGACUUUAAGAUUUCAAAUUGACCGAGACUGGGCUAUUCAAUAGUGAUGCUUGAGGAGAGAGGACUCGGGUAUGAAGUCAGAUUAUUUUUGUCAAUCUGUAUGUUAUAAAGUUAGUCAAUGUAAAAUAUUAUUUUAAAUGUAUAUUAUAAUAUUUUAAAGGUAUAUUAUAUUGCCUGUUAUUGUAAAUAUUCUUCUUAAAGGAAACUUAUUGUUAUUUUGGGCGUUCAUGUGUGAAUUCAUGGUCUGUAUUUUCACUUCCUUAUUCCUGCUUCUGUCUGUCAAAGUGGCCAUGUUGGAUUUGUUAUUGUAUCAGUGUACUGUGUGCAUAAAUUACAACAAAAAUCAAAGGUUACGUUCUAAAAAAAAGAAAGCAUACCCUGCCUCAUGCAAAACUCCAAUGAUGAUUUGGAAUAUCCAGAAAUUAUCAAUAAUUUUUAACACACUCUAAACAUUUUGUUCACAAAUCAAAUGUCUGAAUUAAAAUCUAAUUAUGUGGAUAUUAAUACUUCUGAUAUAUUUCACAAACUUCGUUUAUUAUUCUUGUGUGUUUACUAGUGCCAAUGGGGGUAAUUUUUUCUUUAAAUAUUUAUGUAUUCCUCAUGAAGAUUGACAUUUUAUUGGCUCACUGUACCUCAUGGCUCAUACGCCUUUUUUAUGUUAAAAUAUUAAGUGUCAAUUUAGAUCUGACUACCACUUUAAUUUGUAAAUUUCAUGCCCUUACAUUUAGUCUACAAUUAUUGGACGAUAAUAUAGGAUAAAAUCUGUUGAUAUAAUACUGGUGAAUUUGGUCAAUCAAAAGUAAGUUAAUUUUGAUGGUUAAUAGAUGAAAAAUACAGGACUUCAAUCAUACACAACCAUUUCUAACCAAUUUAACUGCUGGACAAUAAAGUAUGUUUAUAUUAAUGAUUAUGAGAAAGAGUCUGGCUGGAUGAAACAGACUAGUGUCUAUAUAUUAAAUAUAGUUCUAUCUUUAUGUAUGUUAUCACCUAUGAAAUAAAACUGUUUGCCUUUAAAUGAUUAACAUUUGUGUUCAGUAAGUUUAAUUAUAAUCCAAACUGAUUAAAAGUAGAUGUCAAUUACAU